AUGUUUCCUUUCGACUCGUUGUCGUGUGAGAUCGUAUUGGAGAGCUACUCAUUCAAUACGGACGAAGUACGACUGCUUUGGCACGACGUUCCUAUCACAAUGAUGGAAAAGGUGGAACUACCCGACUUCGAUUUGAUUGGUUGGUCGACCGAUCAUCAACGAUUAGAGUAUCCGAACGGGAUCUGGGAUCGAGCAAAGGUGAAGUUCACUUUCGCUCGACGUUAUGGUUUCUACCUUUUUCAAUCGUAUUUUCCCACAUCAUUGACGGUUAUCAGCUCUUGGGUCGGUUUUUCUUCGACGAUUACCCUUGGAGUGUCUUCCCUUCUUGCGCUCACCUUUCAAUUCGGCAACGUUCUUCGUCAUCUGCCACGUGUCAGCUACAUUAAGUGCCUUGAUGUAUGGAUGAUAUUUUCUGUGAUUUUUAUUUUUUGUACGCUCGUCGAAUUAGCUAUUGUUUGCCAGUUGAAUAGGUGGGGAACGAGAGCGACAGAUCGGCUCAAAGGUGCUCGAAAAAAUCGACGAAACGAGAAUCGUUCAAAUGGUGAAGGAGUCAGGCGGCGGUUACCUCUCACUUCCGCACAUUCACCGCCGAAGGAGUCGCCUGCCCACAACACCAUCAUCACGAAGCAAACAGCUAACUCCGUCGUUCACCAGCGCAAACCUAUCGAUCAGUUCGUGGACCAAGACGGAUGUUCGUAUGACGAGGAAAAGAAGUACAGUUGUUGGCGGAAUGCGGUACAACGAUUAGUGUACGCACUCUGUCCACCCGAUCGAGACUGGACAGUCACGUCAGUACAGGUAGACCGCUGCUCAAUGAUAAUGUUCCCAUUGUCGUUUCUCGUGUUUAACAUCGUAUAUUGGUCGAUAUAUUUUGUGAAAAUGGAUCGACCCAUGUGA